UAACUACAGAAUAUCGCGCGUUCUCGAAAACCGUUCAAGAUCCGGCUCCAAAACGUCAUGAACAACUCCAUACUUAUUACCAACUACACAUGCUCUGCGCACCCUUCAUCGCCAUGCGUCUCAGCCCUGUCCGACCUUGUGAAGGGCCCCCGACCUUCCAAGAGGAAUACCGCGGCAUCUACAGACCGAACUUCAUCGAAGCCUGGCACGGUCAACAGAUCGUGGCGCCGGAUACACCCUACGUCGCAGCGGCGGGCAAGAACAGCUUAUACUUUAUCGAUACCCGCUUCGACCCCGACGUCGCGAAGCACAUCAAAGCGCAAAUCAAGAGGGCGACCACGGCUGGCGAGCCGGAGGAGUUUAUCUCCAUUGAUGAGAUCGAAGCCACGGCGGAGGUCAGGAACAGAGCGACGGGGGGGACGGUGUUUGUGUUUGAUCCGGUGUAUGCGAGGGUGCUGUUUGCAAAGGGGAUUAAUAGGCGCAAUCCGGAGAUUAAGUUGCCUGAGCAUGAGAUUGCUGGGGCGUGGUUGGUGACUUAUGACGAUGGGAGGCUGACAACAAAGACGGGGGAGGUUUGAUUAUGAUCGUUUAGCUGUUGAUGAAAGAGGAAGAGGAGUGACAGAUGCAAGAUGAAUCACAGCACUUGACGUUUGCAAUUCGUUCUGCAAACUGUCUACCUAUGCGAAACGGAAUUGUGAAGAGAUGGACAACCCGCGUGGUCACUACAAAGGCCUAUGGUUGAUCUCAUGCUGACCAUGACUUCUAAACCUUUAAGUUGUGUCUCAUUGUUUAGCGCUUGGUAGAACGGUCAACAAACUGAGACUUGUAAAUCAAUGUUGUCAUCCAAC